GGAUUUAUCCUCCUUAGUUCCACGGGACAUGAAUCUCAGCAGCAGCGUGAGCAGCAGUUGACUGAGACAACAAAAACGUGCUCAAUGCAUCUUUCUCAAGGGGACUGAAUAGGAGGAGGCACCCUGAGGACGAGCCAAGUCCCCACAUUUUUUACUUUAUUUAUUCUUUAUUUAUUAUGUAUUUAUUAAAUAUGGGGCGCGUCAUUCUGCUGACUCUCUUCGUCAUGUUCAUGUUGCUGUGCCAGGGGUUUUGUUCGGGAGUAUUUGAGCUGAAGCUGCAAGAAUUUCUGAACAAGAAGGGGGCGCAGGGCAACAAGAACUGCUGCAAAGGAGGCCUGACCUCCUCCUUCCAGCAGCAGUGCGAAUGUAAGACCUUCUUCAGGAUCUGUCUCAAGCACUACCAGCCCAACGCCUCCCCGGAGCCGCCUUGCACCUACGGCGGCGCCGUGACGCCUGUCCUCGGCUCCAACUCCUUCCAGGUUCCCGAUGUCAUCCCGGAGAGUUCUUUCAGCAACCCCAUCAGGAUUAACUUCGGCUUCACGUGGCCGGGGACCUUCUCACUGAUCAUUGAAGCGUUACACACCGACUCCAAAGAUGAUCUCUCCACAGAGAAUCCAGAGCGCGUUAUAAGCACAAUGACCACCCAGAGGCAUCUGACGGUAGGAGAGGACUGGUCCCAGGACCUGCACACCGCGGGGAGGACCGAGCUCAAAUACUCGUACCGCUUCGUGUGCGACGAGCACUACUACGGGGACGGCUGCUCGGUGUUCUGCCGGCCCAGAGACGACGCUUUUGGACACUUCACCUGCGGAGAACGCGGGGAGAUUGUGUGUGACGCCGGGUGGAAGGGCCAGUACUGUACAGAACCGAUCUGUCUGCCAGGAUGCGACGAGGAGCACGGCUUCUGUGAAAAACCUGGCGAGUGCAAGUGCAGAGUGGGAUUCAAGGGUCGCUACUGCGAUGAGUGCAUUCGUUACCCGGGCUGUCUCCACGGGACCUGCCAGCAGCCCUGGCAGUGCAACUGUCAGGAGGGCUGGGGAGGGCUGUUCUGUAACCAAGAUCUGAACUACUGCACUCAUCACAAGCCAUGCAUGAAUGGAGCCACUUGCAGCAACACUGGUCAGGGCAGCUACACCUGUUCCUGCAAGCCUGGCUUUACUGGGGCCAGCUGUGAGAUCAAGGUCAACGAAUGCGCUGGAAACCCAUGCCGCAACGGGGGAAGCUGCACCGACUUAGAAAAUACAUAUAAGUGCAGUUGCCCUCAUGGUUUCUAUGGCAACAACUGCGAGUUAAGUGCCAUGACGUGUGCAGAUGGGCCUUGUUCCAAUGGAGGCCGCUGUGCUGACAACCCCGAUGGAGGAUAUUUCUGCCAGUGCCCCACUGGGUAUGCAGGAUUCAACUGUGAGAAAAAGAUUGACCACUGCACCUCCAGUCCCUGCUCCAAUGGUGCCCGCUGUGUGGAUCUAGUCAACUCAUACCUGUGCCAGUGUCCAGAGGGUUUCACCGGUAUGAACUGCGACCAGACAGGCGAUGUUUGCUCAGCCUACCCUUGUCAGAAUGGUGGGACUUGCCAGGAGGGUCCCGACGGCUAUUUCUGCUCCUGCCCACCUGGAUACACCGGCCGCAACUGCAGCUCCCCCAUCAGCCGCUGUGAGCACAACCCUUGCCAUAACGGCGCCACCUGCCACGAGAGAAACAACCGCUACGUCUGCGCAUGUGUUCCCGGGUACGGAGGCAGGAACUGCCAGUUCUUGCUUCCGGAGCAUGCCGCGAUCCGCGGCUCAGAGGUUCCCUGGAUGGCCAUCGGAUCCGGUGUGGCCAUGGUGCUUCUGCUGCUGGCUGGAUGCGCCGUGCUGGUCGGGUUUUUCCGAUCGAAAACUCAGCACAGUGUUCAGGCGGAGACGGCAGGUGAAGGAGAGACAAUAAAUAAUCUGACCAACAACUGUCACCGUGGUGAAAGGGACCUGGCAAUCAGUGUGAUGCCAAUGCCUGGUGUCAAGAACAUCAAUAAAAAGAUGGACUUCUGCAGCGGCGACCCCGAAGAAGGAUCUUCACCCGGAAGGAGCAGCUACAAAAGCAGGCCUCCGCCUUCAGACUACAACCUGGUGCGAGAGGUGAACUACGAGCAGGCAGCUAAGGAGGCCAUGCUGGAGGCAGUCUGCGAGGACAAGUAUCAGUCCUCGGAUUCAUUGGAGUUUGAAGAGAAGCACAGCAAACGUUUAAAAUGCGAUGCAUCAGAAAAGAGAGUCCCAGAACUGUCUGCAUGUGCGGACACCAAGUACAAAUCUGUGUUUGUGAUGUCAGAGGAGAAAGACGAAUGUAUAAUUGCAACUGAGGUGUAAGAAGCCACAAAUGGGCGUCCUGUUGCUCAUUUGUUCUAUGGGAGAGUUUUUAUGCUCCUUCAGAUGCUGCUCUAACCCUAGGGGGAGAUGUCCCGCCUUGAGACUGCUGCUGAUACAGAGACGUUUAACUGAUAUUCAGAGUGAGCUGGUUCUCUACUGGUAACUAAGUGUAGGCAGCGGCGGCCUGUGGGAUAAGAACUGGCAUGGUAAAAAUGUUUUAAAAAGUGCGAUUUAUAAGUGAUUUGAAUAAGAAAAUAAUUUUUUACAGUUGAUCAUAAACUGUCAGUAAGCAACCGUUGCCUCAUGGCAAUAGAGUAGGCUACAAGUUUUGUUUGUGCAACAUUUGCAGCCAGGCCUUUUCUCUAACCCACACGCUGUUGCUGAGCGCAGGAACUGCAUCAAACGGUGGAUGUUUGGCCAUAAUGGCCUGCUCUUCACAAGGCGCUUUACAUGGGCUGUGCACCCAUCGCUACCAUUGUGAAGUCUGUAUGUAUACUUGAUGACUGUGUUAACUGAAGUGCGUUUUCUCCCCCGAGCCCUCCAAACCAUUUAUGAUAUAGUAUUCUUUCAGAAAAAAAAA